AUGUCUACGGGUUCUAAAGAUGAUAACUUGGCUCUUUCUUCUGAGGAUUCUUCUAGCCCGGAUGAGUCUGAGCUUGAAUUGGGUCUUGGGUUGAGUCUUUCUCAUCCUGCAAAGUAUCAUCAUCAUCAUCAUGGUAACUAUGCUAGGAUUUUUACUGCUAAGGAUUUUUCUUCUUCUUCACCUUCCUCUGCUGGAACUAAGAGACCUGCUGAUUCUCUUGAUGCUACCAACCGUCCCAGUCAAGUAGUUGGAUGGCCGCCCCUUCGAACAUAUCGAGUGAAUAGCUUUAAUGCCAAUGUGAAAUCAACUGAAGCAUUCAACUCUGUGGCUGAGAAGAACAAGAACAAUAAUACCGUGGCAAGGAAGAGUACUGACAACGGAAAGGAUGAAAAUAACGUUAAUGUCAAAGAUAAAAGAAACCUCAGGAGUUCCCCGUUUGUCAAAGUAAAUAUGGAUGGGAUACCGAUUGGAAGGAAGGUUGAUUUGAGCGCUCACAGUUCCUACGAAACAUUGGCAGAGAUAUUGGAGGACAUGUUUGACGAAUCAUCGACAGGCGUCACUUGCAAAGGAUCAAACGGGGAGGAUCACAACAUGACUAUCAGAGGAGAAAAGCUUUCAAUACUGUUGGAUGGAUCUUCUAAGUUUGUACUCACUUAUGAAGACAAGGAAGGAGAUUGGAUGCUUGUUGGAGAUGUUCCUUGGGGAAUGUUCCUUAGUUCCGUGAAGAGGCUAAGAAUCAUGAGGACAUCCGAGGCUAAUGGACUUGCACCAAGAUUGGAAGAAAAGAGCAGCAGACCGAAAAGCAAGCCAAAAUAG